CUGAUGUAAGAGGGUCUUGUGACUGCACCCACAUGACCAGAUGGCAUAGGUCACCACCAGCAGAGCAACAAUCCUCUUUAAGAGUUGCACAAAUGUCUGCCAAGGCCAGUGACAGCAUGCAGACCACGACAGAGCUGCUCGACCAGACAGAGAACAGUCUGCUUGAAUGCAAAGUGUGCUUUGAAAAAUACAACGAGCAGAAAAAGCGCCGGCCAAGGAACUUGCCAUGUGGACAUGUCAUGUGCCUGGAGUGUGUCACAUCACUGGCCCAUCCCCGGAGUUUUAAGUUGGAGUGCCCUUUCUGCCGCAGGGCUUGCAAAUCUUCCGAGACCAGCGAUUGCUUGCCGUUGUUGCACCUGAUGGAGAUCUUGAGCUCCUCAUCCAACAGUGUUCUGGUUUCAGGAAGGACCGUUGGAGCAGCUGAGGAUGUGGCGACACCAGCAUCUCAGGUCUUAACAUUUCACCUGUCUUUUGGAGGAUGGGGAACCCUGGUCAACCCAACAGGGAUUGCUGUGUGCCAGAGGUCUGCCUGCCUAGCGGUGGCUCAUGACGGCAAGAAGAGGAUUAAGCUGUUCAGUUUCAAUGGGCGCAUCAUACAACAGUUUGGAGAAAGAGGGCAGGCAGGAAAUGAUAUCAGGUACCCAACCGAUGUCACAAUCACGCUGGACGGCCACAUCGCAGUGACGGACAGUGGGGAUCGUUCUGUUAAAGUGUUCGAUUUCAACGGAAGGGGAAAGCUGGUUAUCUCCGAGUCCUUCGGUUUACCAUGGGGUCUGGAUACCACGCCCCAGAAUGACGUGAUCAUGACCGAUUCGGUGGCAGGUGCUCUGUAUCGCUUGACAGCGGACUUUAAGCGGGGGGAAUUAAAGGGGGUGGAAAAACUUUGUUCUAAUUUGUGUGACCCAAGGAAAGUGGCCGUUUCUCAGGCCUCUGGGGCCAUUGCUGUCAUAGAGCAUUUGAUGGCAAAAGGACCAAGCUGCGGCUGCACCAUGCUGAAAGUAUUCACUGCAGACAUGCAGCUCAUAAGCCAGGUGGACACUUUUGGCCUGAAUCUAGUAUUUCCUUCCAAAAUAUAUGCCAGUGCUGUGACCUUCAGCAGGGAAGGUCAAGUAAUAGUAACCGAUGGCUAUAACCAAGCAGUCUUCUGCCUUGGAAAACCUGAAGAGUUCCCUAUGUGUAAACCUAUCAUUACCCAGGGUCUUUCUUACCCUUUGGCAUUAGCUUUCACACCAGACAGUUCUCUGAUUGUCUUGGAUGGUGGAGAUCAUUCUUUAAAAGUAUUCACGGCUAGCUGAGAUAUGGGGGUGUGUUGCUUUCACAUUGCCUGAUCCAGUUCACAUCUUAACAGAGAGUAUGUGGGAGCUCUUUGUGCCUAACACCUCAACUUCUUUGAGGAUAGCUGAUCAGGUUGAUGGAUUAUAAUGAAAUGGCUAAAAUGACCGGCAGAAUUAGAAAUUGUAUGCGAACAAUGCUGGUAACUUUCUAAGUUGGGCUGUAGACAGGGUUGUGUUUCGAUGGCACAUGUGAAAGCCCACCUUCAGCCAGAAUGUAUGAACCACCUCCCCUUCCAUAAGCAAACGAGUGUUUAAGAGAAUGGGCGGCAUCUGUUAGUGCAGUCUUCCUCCAACCUGGUGCCCUCUGGGUCUUUUGGACCACAGGUUCCAUUCACUCCAGCUGCAUCGCCUUCCCAGCUAGCACUGAUGACAGUUGCAGUCCAAAACAUCUGGAGGAUACCAGGUUUAGGAAGUCAUGUUUUAUGACAUUGCACUGGGCAUUGUAAGCUGACCCAAGAAAUUCAACACUCUGGCAGCAUUAGUCAGGGCUGCUACACUGGGGAUAGAUGCCUUCAGCAGAUGUGUUGCCGGGUCAUCCUGCAAAACAUUUAAGCGGAACAAAGUGGGGCAGAGAAGGGGCAUGUUCAGGAUGGUGGAGGCAUGGGAAUGACUCAUGGCCAUGCCAUUAAACCAGCUUUUUCCACACACCCUGAAGCCAGUUAAACUAGUGCAAACCUGCCUUUUCAAAGGUGUUCUGCUGGGUGUAUAUUUUAUAGAACAGAUCAUCUCCAUCUGCUUCAUGCUGGAUACCUCUGAAUCUGCCAGUGACCAUUGUAACUACACAUAUUUAUAGAAGGAGUGCCUGCUUGGCUGCUUAUAUAUAUUUUUCCAUUGCAGAUUUAAAAGAAACUGUGAUUUAAUUGUACUUUUUGGGUUGUUGUUUAAAUAGCAAAAAUGUUAAAACUCUUUAUUUUGAUGAAUGUAAAGUGCCGAACUGCAC